GAGGCGAUAGUCCUGCCAACUCAACGUGUUUCUUUCCCAGAACCACUUUACAUCUUUUACGGCUCCUCGACGCCCAUUUUCUCUCUUCCACCACGACGAUGGCCCAUCAUCUCCGCGCCUCUGCAGGCUUAGCAGAAGAAAAUCUAAAGGAUGUUGAGACAGAGUCCCUGCCUUCAGCAUCGGAUUCUGAAGACGACGAGGAGGAUAACAAUUGGGAUGACUGGGUCUCGGAUCAGGUUGCACACCAACCUUGUGAAUCUUUGUUUGAGGACAGAAGAUUCCCAUCCACAACUGAAGCUCUCGCAUUCGAUAAAUCAACCCAUAAUUUCGAUCUGGAAGCGACUUGUUCUCGACUCAAACUCGAUCUACAUCAGCGCAUUCGACUCAUCAAUUUUAUCAGGAAACAUAAACCAUCCCCUGCAGACAUCGGGAAUUUAACAGGAGCUGAAUCUUUCUUCAGUUCCGACGAGUAUCUUCGCCCUGUCCUGGAGGAUGAUCCAUUGCUCCAGUUCCAGUCUGAUGAUUGGUCUGAUGAGGAAGAAGAUCUAGACGCAUCACAGCCUGCAGUCACACCACCGGACCUGGCUAGCAGCAUCCGUCGCAUUAAAUUACUGGAGAGAAAGCUCGCCGACGCCCAACAAGAUCUAGUUGACUAUCGUACUCUAGUUAAUCAAAAAUUAGAUGUCACGCGUCUCGCAGACAUAGUCGCCGAUGCUCCAUCGUCCAGUCAAGCUACUAGCCAACCAUCAAAAAGAGACGAUGAUUCUCAUUAUUUCCAAAGUUAUGCUGAUAAUGAUAUCCAUGCCGUCAUGAUACAAGAUAAAGUCAGGACUUCAACAUACGCGUCUUUCAUCCUUACAAACCCCAUUCUGUUUCGGGACGCAAUUGUUCUUGAUGUUGGUUGUGGUACCGGGAUCUUAUCCUUGUUUGCUGCCAAGUCAGGAGCUAAACGAGUUUUUGCCGUUGACGCCAGUGAUAUCGCUGAAAAGGCUGAAAGAAUUGUGAAGGCAAACAAGCUGGAAGAUGUCAUCACUGUGAUUCGCGGCAAAAUUGAAGAUAUUACACUUCCUGAUGGUAUUACACACGUCGAUAUCAUUAUAUCGGAGUGGAUGGGAUAUGCGUUGUUGUAUGAGUCUAUGUUGGACUCUGUUUUGCAUGCUCGAGAUAGAUUCCUCCGACCAGAUGGUGGCAUCAUGGCUCCCAGUCAAUGCAAGAUCAUGCUUGGACUCUGCGAAGGUAGUGAAAUCUUGAAGGAUCGUGUAGGUUUCUGGGAAGAUGUAUACGGAUUUGACCUAUCUACAAUGGGAUAUGAUCUCUAUGACGAAGCAAUUGUCGAUGUUGUAGGACCGGAUUCCAUGGUCAGCGUGCCUCAAGCCAUCAAGGACCUCCACCUCAAACAUAUCACGACUCGUCAGCUCGACUUUGUCACCCCUUUCAGCCUCGUGUCUACGACCGACCGGCGUACGAAGAUCCACGCAUUUGUUCUUUACUUUGAUACCUUCUUCACUGCGACAGGCGAGCCUGUCCCCCCUGGCACUAACGUGAAACUCAUCAAAGAAGGAGACGUUGUGUUGGCAGAAGUGUGGCCUGUAGGUGGAAAACCGCCGCCUCAGAGGCGCGCAAGUCAGGGCGAAGGACUGAGGGAAAGAGAGCGAGCACGAGUCACCAGCUUCAGCACAGGACCCAAGAGCCAGCCUACCCAUUGGAAACAAACCAUCUUCCUACUAAGAGAGCCAAUUCAUGCCGUCGAAGGAACAAUCGUCUCUGGAACAUUCCACUGCAAAAAAAGCGGGACCAACUCGCGGGAACUGGAUGUUGAAAUACAUUAUUCAGUAAAACAGGAUGCUGAGGCUACUUCAUCAAGUGAUGUGGUGGUACAGAUAUACAAAGUACGGUAGCGGUAUUUAAACAAUAUCUUAAUGAAAUGAAGACUGCAUAAAUUAUCGUGAUCUUACACCGUAGAGAAGCUUCAAGUUGGACAUCAAAGCACCCGCACGAAAGCCGAUUUCUCUAGUGAUCCAUCCAGGUUCACGUAUGAUAGUUAGCUCAUCCUAGUGACCAUACGUGGCUUCGAGUUUCGUCCUAAUAUAAUCUCC